GUCGGAGUUUACGAGGCGCUAGCGGUGCCCCUGCGCGACCCUGCGAACAAAAAGAGGAGCUGUGACAUCGCUGAGAACCAUGCGGACCGCGUGUGGCCUCCUCGGCCUGGCUUGGGCCACAGCAGCCUUCCACUGCCCGGCACGACGAAUCACGGCCGCAGCGCGGCCAAUCGCGCGGCGAGCGCCGGCCCACGCCGCCGCCGCGCCCGCGCGACCCACGACGGCGCUGCGCGCCGGUAGCGACGACGAGGAGAAGCGCCUCCCCUGGUUCUUCGACCCCGGGACGUACGGCGGCGUCAUCGUCUUGACUAUUUUCUUGAUCGUAGCGCCAUUGGCGUUAAAAAGCGCCCUCGAGGCCUCGGGCAUGGACGGCAACCAGGUCGGCGUGGCCCUGUCCGGCGUCUUCGUCAUCGGCGGGUCGUUACUGUGGGCCUUCUCGUACGUGUUCCGCGUCUUCUCCAAGGACAUGACCUACUCGACGCAGCUCAAGCAGUACGAGGACGCGGUCAUCCAGAAGCGCUUCGAGGAGCUCGAGGACGACGAGGUCGACGCGCUGCUCGGGGAGAUCGAAAGGGAGAGCGCCUUGUAAGUAGCUGAGUACUCUAUCACAUGG